AUGGCUCAGAAAGAGACGUCUAGACAGACAGAGAGGCCUGCAGUGGCCUUCCUCCGCCCACCAGGUGGCGCUGCAAGAGGGAGCGGGCGCACGGCUCCGGAGGCAUCGGCGGCGCAGCGCAGUGCGGACGCGGCCAUGAAGCGCGAUCGCGCCACUCGAGGCUUGAGCACGGGCCACUGCCGGCUUUGCCACGGGAAGUUCUCCGCACGGAGCCUUCGCAAUGCCUUCGGGAAGCCCCCCGCGAUGGAUGUGGGCUCCCAGAAGCAGCAGCACCGGCGCCUGGACCGCAUCUUCUUUGCCGACUUCCAGCACCUUCUUGGGGUGGCCGCCCGCCCGGACCCAGCCCUGCCCCAGUCGGUCUGCAAGAAGUGCCACGCUCAGUUCUACAAGUGCCGCAGCGUCCUCAAGGCCUUCAUCCAGAAGGUCAACCUCUCACCCGUGGGGGCCCUCAAGCCCCGACCAAGGAGCAAUGCUGCCCCAUCUCCUCUUCCUGCAGCUGAAGGAAAUGCCUCUUCUCUGGGAGGCCGGAUCACGUCCAGCCCGCAGUGCCUUCACAAUCUGGUGCUGUGGGCCCACAAUCACGCCGAGAGCUGCCAGGUUGCGCCGAGCCUGCGGAGCGUGCUGUCCUCUGGAUAUUGCGGGGUCGUCGUCCAGGCUGUCUGGGGCUGCAGGGAAGGCCACGACUACAUCCUGAGCACCGAUGUGGAGGAGGAGGAGGAGGGCAGUGGCCCCAAGCAGGACCACAGCAAGGGCACCUCUGAGCACGUGGCCGGCAAUGGGGUGGACGCCGAGGGUGCCAGAGUGCCCUGCGUUCCGUCCCAUCAUGGCCCAGACAGGACUGCUGCUGCAAACAGUGAGACUACUACACCCGAACCGGGCACAGAAAACCAGCUCCCCGAGAGUCCGGAUGCGGCCUCAUUGCAAGAAGCAGCCAGGAGCCCUUUGCAGGAGGGCAACCUGCCCCAGUCAGACUGUCCGGUCAAUGGGAGUCCCGGGCCUCUGAGCGAAAAUCCGGUUCCACCUGCAGCCCUGGAUGAGCGGGUAAAAGACGAGUUCAGUGACCUUUCAGAGGGGGACUCUUCCUCAAGCGACGAAGAGGAGGACAGCCAGAGAGAGGGUGGUUCCGAUGACUUCUUUCAGCCUUUUGAAAGCAAGAGGAUGCCCAACAACAGGAAAUCCAAAACCAAAGGCACUAAGCUGGAAGGGCCCAAGAUUCGCAAGAAGCCAGGGCCCAAGCCGGGCUGGAAGAAGAAGAUCAAGUGUGAAAGAGAAGAGCUGCCCACCAUUUACAAGUGUCCUUACCAGGGCUGCACCGCCGUCUAUCGAGGGGCGGAUGGCAUGAAGAAGCACAUCAAGGAGCACCACGAGGAGGUCAGGGCAAGACCCUGUCCGCACCCGGGAUGCAACAAGGUCUUCAUGAUCGACCGGUAUCUGCAGCGCCAUGUGAAGCUCAUUCACACAGAGGUACGGAACUACAUCUGCGACGAAUGUGGACAGACCUUCAAGCAGCGGAAACACCUCUCUGUGCACCAGAUGCGCCACUCUGGAGCAAAGCCUCUCCAGUGUGAGAUCUGCGGUUUCCAGUGCCGCCAGCGGGCCUCCCUGAAGUACCACAUGACCAAACACAAAGCGGAGGCGGAGCUGGAGUUCGCCUGCGACUUGUGCGGGAAGCGCUUUGAGAAGGCCCACAACCUGAACGUCCACAUGUCCAUGGUGCACCCGCUGAUCCAGACGCACGACAAAGCCAAGGCCAAGGCCAAGGAGACUGACCUUGUUGCGGAGACGCCGGCGGAAUUACAACCGGACACAGAGAUGGCCGACAGCCAGUCGGUCAAGCUGGAACUCAGGGCUUCGCAGCCACAGCAGGAACCAACUUGAGAGCUGCUGCUGAUCUUCAAGUUUUUAAAAUGUAUGUUUUUAACACACACACAAAAGGGAUUUUAAAUGGGGGAAGGAAUCGAUGACGCCUGCUUGCCGCCAUUGCUGUGAUGAUUGUGUUCCUCUCCGCUGCGGUGCUGUUCAGAGCGUCUAUCUUGUUGAAAGGGAACAGACUUCUUUUUGCCUGCUUUCUGACAAGAAAGACCAGGAAAGCAUCUUGUACCUGUUGAACAGGUACACAGUCCCUAGACCUUCCAAGUGAUUCUGUUAAAAGAGGAUGGAAUACCCUUGCUUUUAAACCAGUGUUUCUCAACCUUCCUAAUGCCGCAACCCCUUAACACAGUUCCUCAUGUUUUGGUGAACCCCAACCAUAAAAUUAUUUUCCUUGCUACUUCCUAACUGUAAUUUUGCUACUGUUUUGAAUCAUAAUGUAAAUAUCUGAUAUGCAGGAUGGAUUUAUAUUCACUGGACCAAAUUUGGCACAAAUACCUGAUACACCCAAAUUUGAAGAUUGGAGGGGUUGCGGAUUAUUGAUUUUGUUAUUUGGGAGUUGUAGUUGCUGGGAUUUAUAGUUCACCUACACUCAAAGAGCAUUCUGAACUCCACCAAUGAUGGAAUUGAACCAAAGUCUGCACACGGAACCCCCAUGACCAACAAGGCAUUGACCUUGAGCUUUGGAGUUGUAGUUCACCUACAUCCGGAGUGCACUCUGCACUCAGACAAUGAUAGAUUUGGACCAAACUUAACACAAAUAUUCAAUAUACCCAAAUGUGAACACUGGUGGAGUUUGGGAAAAUAGACCUUGAGAUUUGGAAUUUUUAGUUGCUGGGAUUUAUAGUUCAACUGUACCAGGGGUCCUCAAACUAAGGCCUGGGGGCCGAAUACAGCCCUCCAAGGGCAUUUACCCAGCCCUCGCUCAGGGUCAACCUAAGUCUGAAACGCCUUAAAAGUACACAACAACAACAAUCCUAUCUCACCAGCCAAAAGCAGGUCCACACUUCCCGUUGAAAUACUAAUAAGUUUAUAUUUGUUAAAAUUGUUCUUCAUUUUAAUUAUUGUAUUGUUUUAAAUUCUUUUUUGCACUAAAAAUAAGAAAUGUGCAGUGUGCAUAGGAAUUCAUUCAUGUUUUUUUCAAAUUAUAAUCCAACCCUCCAAAAGUUUGAGGGACUGUGACCUGGCCCUCUGUUUAAAAAGUUUGAGGACCCCUGAUCUACACUCAGAGAGCAUCUGGACCCCACCAAUGAUAGAAAUGGGCCGAACUUCCCACACAGAACCUCCAUGCCUUGAAGGGAAUCGCUGGCGUGAGCCUCCCUCCACCUCACCUGCAUAUGUGCACCACGCUGCCAUGCACCGAGCAUGCCUGCUCUCCCCUCCUGCUUGGAAUCUCAGAAGCAGCCCUCCCCUUGGCUGAAAGGACGGCCAAUCAUAGCAGAGGAGGUCUUUUGGUUGGAGGAUUCGCCCUCUGUUUCCAAAAAGGAGGAGAAAGACAGGCGGAGAGAUCUUCAGCAUUCUUUGCUAAAGGGGUUCCCAAGACCAUCAGAAAUAUGUGUUUUCUGAUGGUCUUUGGCGACCCCUCUGAAGCCCCCUCGUGACCCCCCCCAAGGGACCUUGACUCCCAGGUUGAGAAACGCUGUUUUAAACAAAUUCCCAAAUCUGCAAACAACACAAAAACAAAUCAUAAACCAGAAGCAUUUGUAAACCUGAAAUGUUUGUUUUUAACACAUACUCACAAAAGUGGGGAAUGGCAUCAA